CCCCAGCAGCUCUUACAAUGGCAGCUUUUCUCUUGCUUCUCUCCCUGACCCUCCUGGCCGGCCCAGCCUGGGCCGGCACAGGCCUGAUCCCCAAGGACCACAAGCAGGAACCAGCUCUCUGGCACCAGCAGCACCAUCAAGACAGCCGCUUAACGGGGGACCUGCUUGACCGGAAGGUGUCACCCCGUUUCAUCUGCAGCACCUGUCAAGUCAUCAUGACGAAGCUUAAAGAGCUGGUUGGGGACAAUUCUGACGAUAUGAAUGAGAUUAAGAAGGCAGAGAAGCAGGUGUGCAGCUCUGUGAGCUUCUAUCUCCGGUGGGCCUGCGAGAAACUCAUAAAGAAGUUCUUCCUCCCCAUCGCCAGAGACUUCUUAAGCGGCAAGAAUCCCCGGCAGGUCUGCGAGGACAUCAAGAUCUGCAAGCCUAAGAAAGGCCCUGAGGGACAUGGUUCAGAGGACGGGAGUGGACAUAGGGAGCCCAGGCUGCUCACUCUAGCCCAAAUACAGCACCAGGAUGCCGGGGAGAAGAUCCUGGAGUCUGAAUCUGCCCUUGAGAAGAGGACUCUGGAGGAAGAGUGGUCCCAGCCUGCCAAAAGGUCCCUUCGGAGAUACUGAUCCUGCUCAGAAGCUUCAGCGGUUCUGUCCAUGCACCCCCUCCCCCCCCCGAUCUGCCAACACCCCCACUCCAACUUGCAGCCCCUCCCCCUGGCUUUUCCAGAGAAUAAAAUGUCAUGAACGCA